UGCCAGUUUUGUUUACGCGGUGAUGAAACGUCAACACUAAUAGAUUUCUCGCGUCGGUCUCGUCGUGUUGGAGAAAAAAUAUUAAUUUUAACAGUUUUACUUUAAAUUCGCAAAGAAUUCACAGAAAACCUGAUUCAAACAAUGGCAGUGUUCAAUUUGGAACAUUACCCGAAUGUGUGCCGUUUGUGUUUGAAGCCGGAUUUGAGAAAAUUUCACUCGUUGGACGAUAACUUCGGAAGCAUCAGUUUGCCCAUUAAAACAUUCCUGGAGGAUGUUACUUAUCAACUUCCAGAGGAUAAGCAGCAAUAUAUUCCUAAACUUGUGUGUGACCCUUGUUUGACGCAGUUGACCGACUUUGCCGUCUAUCGUAAUCGUUUGGUGGUCACGCUUCGUUUCAUGGAAGCCUUGGUCGAUUUGCAACAUUCGAAUCCCAAAUCGAUUACAUCUCUCUUCAGAGACAGCAAGGAUGAGUUGGACAAAGUUUUCACAGAACUAUCCCUAUGUAACAAAUCGGAUCCACAGGUCGAGGAUAUUAUACAGGAGUUCCAAUCGCGAAAUUUCGUCAAAUGUACUCCUGAAGUCAAAGUGGAAAAAGCCGAACCCUCUGACCCGGAAGAGGACAGUACGAUGUACGACGUUCCAUAUGAUGAUAUAUGCGAUGUCGUGUGCCAAAUGAAAUCCGAAUCGGACGAUUCAUCCAGCGACGAUGAUAAACCACUUGUGAAGAGAAAACCCCCCAAGUCAAAAUCUCCUCGUAUCUCAUCGAAAUCCACUCCUACCACUGGUAAAAAGAAACCGGGGCGUCCCAGGAUCCAUCCGGAAGGAAAAAUGCUGGAAGCACCCUGGUCGUGCGAUAAGUGCAAGUUUAAAACAAAGUACAGAAUGGCCGUCGAUCGCCACAAGGCUGUUCACGAAAAACGUGAAAAUCGAACUUACCCCUGUACGAUAUGUGAAAUGGUUUUCAAAACCAAAGAUGAAUGGCGAAAUCAUAGUAUGAAUCAUCCGGAGAAUCAAAUUGUAUGCGAAGUGUGUGGUGCUGCACUCAAAAAUCCUAACUCAUAUAAAUCUCAUAUGGAACGGCACGAAGAGAAGCGGAAGUAUCAGUGUGAAUAUUGUGAAUAUGCUUCCCACACGCUACUGGCCUUGAAGGCGCACAUGAAUGUCCACAAAAUCGAUAAUGGCAAGAAACGAUGUGAAAUAUGCAGUGCAGUGUUCAAAACUGGAAGUCUUCUGAAACGGCACAUGGAGGGUCACAGUAACGAACGGAAGUAUCAUUGUGAAGCGUGUCCAGCGCGAUUCAAUACGAACAAUGCACUGCGGAAUCAUCGCAAUCGCGUCCACUUGGCCAUUCGCCAUCCCUGUGACUAUUGUGAUAAAACAUUCGAUCAGAAAAUUAUUCUGCGGGAUCACAUCGAACGAGUUCACCAUAUUCAAUGCCAAUUUAUUUGCGACAUAUGUGUAAUUACAUUUGAUAGCCAGGAAAAGUUGGAUGUGCAUCGGCAGCGGCAUGAAAAUCCCAAACCGUUGGAAUGUAGCGUUUGCCUCACGAUCCAUGCUACCCAGGAGGCUUUCAAUGCUCACCUUUGCAUCACCUAUCGGGACGACUAUUUGUGCUGCAACAAAGAUCUGCGCAAUCACGCACAGUAUAACCGGCACAUGUGGGUGAAACAUGGCCUCAAAACCAAUGUUCGAGUGAAACCCAUCCCCGGCAUGCUGUUGGGUAAUAUGAGAGGCACUCGGAAGCGGCUGGAGCAGUGCCGCAAGUGUGACAUUGCCUUCCCAACCAGAGCAUUAAAAUUAGAACACAUGAACGUGUGUAGACUUAUGGAUCAUCCGGAUGGAGUGUAGGCAAAAGGCAACAGAAAACAAGUAUUGAACAGAUCCGAACAUUCCUUUUAAAAACUUUUACUCAACAUUAGGAACAUUGGGACUUUUUGUCAUUUUUUUCUGCGACGAACUGGAUUUUCUGCUAGAUUACUCUUGUUCUUGAUUUUGUAAAAAUUCAACUUAUGUGUAAUUUUCAAUCGAACGGUAAAGAUGCUGAUUUUGGCAACCGUGCAUCAACGUAUUUUGACAGCUACUAAAGGUACGCUGUAUUUUUGUCUAUCUUACACGAAAACACUCACACAGGUAAAAUAGUUAAGAAAAUCCGUCAGAUUUGUACUGAAAUCGGAAUAUAAAUUCAAUUUAUUCAAUUGGCUUGUUUAAGGGUAUCCAGUUUUUU